AUGCGCCGGUCGCGGAGCAGGAGGUAUCCGGAAGAUGAAGGAACCCGGGACCCAACUUCUCGAGCCAUUUUUUGUCUCCCUUUGUUUGAAUGGAAGGACGGACCCGAGCGCGGCUCAGAAGGCGGCCCCCGUCGAUGUCGCCGGUGUACAGGCACUGUACAAGGGGCACACCUGUGCUUUGCCCCUUUUUUUUGGUCCCUGUGUCAAAGCACGGCUUCUUCGCGGCUCAGGUCCCCCCCUCGGAGGCGGAGGCGGCGAGGCCACGGCCAGGGUCGCCACCGACGCGAUGCCUUUCGGGACGAUAGUUUUGACUCUCAGGCAGAUUUCGACAGCCGCGCUAGGUCGCCUCCGAACACGGGGGUGAACGCCAUACCGCUCGGACGUCGACAUGACUCCGAGGAGGAGACCGAGGCCAGGGUCUGGAUCCUCCACAGCGAUGCUGCCAAAGUCAUCGGCAGAGGAGGGCGAGCCCUUCGGGAGAUCGAGAACAGGACUCGCACCAGAAUCAAAGUGUCCAGAGAAGAGGACAUGAAUCCAGAUACCAAGGAACGGUCCGUUGACAUUCUUGGAUCUCGGCACGGCCAGGACACGGCUGUUGACUACAUACUGGACGUGGUGCUGUACUGCCGCCAAGACGGUGGCCGGGUUCUGAAGGACUCCCGAACGGCGCCCCUCCGCGAAGAAGAGGGCACGAAGGGGAGCCAUCGCAUCCUGACGGUGCUGGCCGAGGAAGUUGGCAAAGUGCUCGGCAGGAAAGGCGAGACGGUCCGAAUCAUCGAGAAGGAGUCGGGGGCCAAAGUCGAGCUGGACAAGGCCCAGGGGAAGGUGGAGAUCUUCGGCAGCGCUCAGGAGCAGGAGAAGGCCGUGGAGCUCCUCUUGGCCGAAGUCCACUGGGCUCAGUCCGAGGACGGGACGGUCCUGAAGGAUGAGCCCCGGCCAAAGCAGCGGAGCGGGGACGAACCGGAGCUCCCGGCUCCCGCCCAGCUCUGGGUGAAAGAUCGGGAAGCGGGAAGAGUCAUCGGACGCGGUGGCGAAACCGUGCGGGAGGUCAUGGAGAAGUCGGGCGCGGACAUCAAGGUCCAAAAGUCGGAGGAGAUGGCGGCCGGAAGCAAAGAGAGGCUCAUCAAGAUCAUCGGCACCAAGGAUCAGCAGGAUGAGGCAGUGAGGCUGAUCCUGAAUGAAGUCUCUUGGGCGAAAGGCGGGGAGGGCGGCUUGACCCUCCUGAAGGGCGUCGAGGCGGAGGCGAAGCCGGCCAACUUGGACGCUGCGGACGCCAAGGAGAAGGAGGAGAAAGAGAAAGAGAAGGAGGAGCUCAAGGAUGAGAAGGAGAAGGUGGUCCCUGCUGUCAAGGUAAAGCCCCGCCGCUUCCGGGAGACGGCCAGAGAGCUGAACAGGCCCAAGAGCGGCCCUGCGAGAUGGGUGUGUGCGACGUGCGGUGGCGAUCACCGCACCAAGGAGUGCCCCCAUGCCACGGGAAUCCUUGGCGUGGGUGUGCAGCUCGGGAUGCAGAUGGGUUUGCAGGCCAUGGGGCUCCCGACCGGGCCAUCAUCUCCAGGCCCCGGGAUGGGCCCAGGCUUCGGGAUGCCGCCCCCAAUGCCGCCUCCGCACGGGAUGCCUCCCAUGGGCAUGAUGGGACCCAUGGGCCCGCCGGGCCUUCCUGGCAUGCCCGGCAUGCCACCCGGCAUGCCUCCCGGCAUGCCGCUGCUACCGGUCCCUGGCCCAAGAAAAGGCAUGCGGCCACCGGGCUUCCGAGACCGGAGCGAGAGCUCUAGCCGACAAAAUGCCGGGUCCCCAUAG